GUUCACACUAUCAGGGUGGGGGGGGGGGUGGUUCAGCAAAUGGAGAAGGCCUUGGUGCCUGCCGAAGUAGGACGAAACGAACAGGCUGUGAGAUGGAGUAGGCAGACUUUUGUUAAUAUAGCAUGCUGGCAGGGGAAUAGGUUAAGUUACUGAAGUGGAUGCGCAUCGCUAGGAUUUCAUGCCUUCACUUGAUAAACGGACGAAAUCGCUCCAGCGCACUCCGGUGGAUAAGCUUCCUUCGACCUAUGCACAAGUCGGCUUCGACCAAUGCGUGUAAAAUACCCUAGGCUAAACGUCCGCUCGCCCGUAACGAAUCCAGGUUCUUCCAAGCAGCCAUUGGUCGGGUAGAAGGGCAUCCAGGUGGCUGUACACUGCACAAUCUCCAGUGUUUUCUGCGUGGAAAAAUCCACGACACUCAGUUCGUCGUCCACACCUAAAGGAGACAAAAAAAGCAUCAUCUUACUUAAAAUCCAACCCAGCCAUGACUUUAUCCGGCGGUUUUUACGUCAGAUCCCUACCAACAUCACCCCCGUACUUGCGAGACCUAAUCGGUCAAUUCUCCCUUUGGCCAGUUAAUAUUAUAGGCCGUAUGUUAUUAUCGACAAAGACAAGGGAGGCUGGAAUGGCCAUUUCCGGCUUAUUAGCCGUCGUCAGUCAGUUAUACCCACCCCCGAAGUGUGGAACACCCGAAGCUCGUGGCCCAGUGGUUAGAAGCGUGGACUUCUAAUUACCAGGUCGCGAAUUCGAGCCUCGGGUGUUCCGAACUUCGGGGUUGGGUAUGACUGGCCGACGACGGCUAAUAAGUCAGAAAUGGCCAUUCUAGUCUCCCUUGUCUUUGUCGACAAUAACAUACUGCCUAACCAGUGCCGCUGUGCGACUGCUGGAUGGGCUUGAGAGAGAGCCCGUUAGGCACAACGGAACGAGUGAGUUCCGCAAGAACGAUCGGUGAGCGCCCCCUACUACAGUUAAUUUAAUGCAUAAAAUUCGAUUUGGAAUAGUGGUUUGUAUAUCUGUGAACACAGUGAAAAAGCCUUUUGUCACACCACAUCCGGGGACUCGAAACCGAAUUCCUGUGUGCAGAUUUCUGUGUCUUCAAGGAAACAUGUGAGAGCCACAUCCUUGAACUCUAGGCCUAAGCCAGGCAAAGGUCCUUUUUUCCAAAUGCUACUGUGAACGGACGGUCACCAAUAUUUUUCGGCAGUAAGUCUACGUAUCAUAUCUCCGUUUCCCAGAUGAUAUCAAUGUGGCUUUAAGCGUCUAGUUGGUCGCUUCUCGGAAGAAGAAGAAGAAGAUGAUGAUGAUGAUGAUGAUGAUGAUGAUGAUGAUGAUGAUGAUGAUGAUGAUGAUGAUGAUGAUGAUGAUGAUGAUGAUGAUGAUGAUGAUGAUGAUGAUGAUGAUGAUGAUGAUGAUGAUGAUGAUGAUGAUGAUGACGACGACGACGAUGAAAAAUAA